AUGUCUAUGACAUAAUCGAAUAAAAAAAUUCUAAAAAUAAUCUAACAAAAGCGAUUAUAAUUGUACGAAUAAACGUUUUAUGUCGGCUUACAUAAAAUAGCGAAAUAUUAAAAAUUGAAUAUGAAUGUAAAACAUAAAAUGUGUUAAAAAAUAUAUAUACAUCUUCCAUAUCACAUAAAGCUUUAUAUAACAAGCAUAUUAUUUAAACAAGUUACAAAUUCUAUAUAUACAGUGUCAAUCAAUUUAUUUCUGUUAUCUAAUUUGAAUUUAAAAAAAAUUAAAGAAUUAUAUGAAUGGAUACAUUCUUUAUAUAAAAUGAAAUUUAAACUUGAAAAGUACUUCAAGCAAUUUUGUAGAUUACGAUCUUCCUGGAUACACACAUUGCCCGUUGAAACAUCAGGAAAAAAUAUUGUCAGCGAGAAAUUAUGCUUGCCUGAACCAGAAUAUGAUACAGAUUUUUUAUGCAAUCCCAGAAAUCGCGAUGCCAUUUUAAAUAAUAUCAGAAGAAGGAAGGAAAUUGGUGAUAUCGAUAGAGUACUCGAAUUUUCAGACAAGUCUGAGAAGCGAGAAUUGUUCUUGCAAGAAUUGAGUAAAAUACCAAACUGUACACAUCCUGCAGUACUUGAAUAUCGUGAUGUACCAAAACUUUUAAAGCAAUGUGGUGAGAAAGUAAAAUUUGAUUUUGAACCUAAAGAAUUUGCUGAGCUUGCCACUGAUCUGAAAACAAUAAGAACACAAGCCCUGGGUCCUAUCGCUGGACAGAGAAGUUAUAUACUUUUGGGCGAUUUGGCAGAACUGGAAGAGGCAUUGAUUCAAUACACUAUUAGGAAAUUGAUGAAGCAUGGAUUUAAAUUAGUAUCAGUUCCUGAUAUUAUUCAAAGUAGUGUUAUCGAGAGAUGUGGUUUAAUAGUGAAUGAUGAUCGAACUCUUGUAUACAAAUUGGAUUCUUGUUAUGACGAUGACUAUAGUCUGUCUGGAACUGCAGAAAUGUCAUUAGCUGGAAAGUUAAUGAAUACUACAUUUUCUUAUGAUAAAUUACCAUUGAAACUAGUUGCUGUUAGUCGAUGUUAUCGCGCCGAGGGUUCAAGUUCGCUUGAUGAAAGAGGGAUCUAUAGAGUUCAUCAAUUCACCAAAGUGGAAAUGUUUGUCUGUUCCGAACCAUGCCAAUCUGAGAAAGUGUUUCAAGAUCUUCAAGACAUACAAGAGGAAUUGUUCUCUUCGUUAGGAUUACAUUUUCAAAUAAUGGAUAUGCCUCCAACUGAUCUAGGUUCACCAGCUUAUAGAAAAUAUGACAUGGAAGGCUGGAUGCCUGGAAGAAAGCUGUAUGGUGAAUUGUCUAGUUGUAGUAAUUGUACAGAUUAUCAAUCUAGACGUCUCAACAUCAAGUACAGAACGAAAGAGGGAAACAUAAUGCACGUGCACACAUUGAAUGGAACUGCAUGUGCAAUACCUCGCAUGCUAAUCACGUUAUGCGAGACUUAUCAGACGAAACAUCACCGCAUUACUGUACCAGAGAAGUUGGUGCCUCUAAUGAAGGGUAAAACACUUAUAAAGAAGCAACCAAUAGCAGACAUGAGACUUUAUAAAUACAAACAAAAAUUAAGUCCAAAUAAAACUAAAAUAUCCUAAAUAA